AUGCAAUAUCUCCACCUACCUAACGAAAUAUUUUUGGCGCUUGGUGAAAUCUUACCACUUGCUGAUCUGAAUUCUUUGUUGCAAACAAACCGCCGCUUGUUCUCUCUUCUCAAUGCUGACCUAUAUCGAUACGGCGCCAGCUCCGCUCUGCUCUGGGCUGCAGAAUAUGGAGAUGAAGAUAUUGCACGAAAAGCAUUAAGCGCCGGCGCUUCGCUGCGGGCGUUGGGCACUGAUGAUAAAACGGCGUUGAUAAUUGCCUAUGAACGCGGCCAUGUUAAGGUCGUCGAACUGCUGCUUGCUCAGAACAAUGUCGACCUGAACGGCGUUGUCAAUGACUGGUCAGCCCCGGAUCCCAAAAUUGCCGUCAGUCGGCUUUCAUGGAGGACCAUGUCUCCGCUUUUGUUUGCUGCUCACAAAAAUCAUGCAGAUGUGCUGAAGUUGUUACUUGAUCAACCUGGCGUCAAUCCACACUUCACUGACAGUGGGGGUUGGUCAGUGUUGCAUUAUGCGACCAAGAACGAGUGCGAGGUGAUAUUGAAAUUGCUCCUUGCAAAUGAUCGUAUCGCGGCCACCGGGGUGGAUGGAUCCUCUCUUGUUCUCUUCGCAUUCCAGAUGAAUUGGUAUUCCGCGAUGUUGUCGUUUUUGAGCACGGACAGGCUGGAAAUUGAUCUCCACCGACAUGAAGAGGACGACAUACUGCUCCACUCAUUGCGUAUGGGUUAUUCAGGCAUUGUGAAGAAGCUGCUGGUGCUUCCUAACUUCUCAGCAGAAUCGGAGCCGCUCUACCAAUGGACAACUCAGUUGGCAUUUGCCGUGGUUAAUGGCGAUAAGGAGGCUGUGUCAUCUCUUCUUACAAAUUCUGCAGUGGACCCGAACAGCCAGGAAGAUUUUUUUGGGUUUUCGCCGCUGCUUCUGGCUGUGUGUAUGGAAAAGGAGGCAAUUGUCCGGCUCCUUCUUGCAGUGAAUAAUGUCAACCCAAACAUCCCAGAUAGGGAUGGACGAUCACCUUUAUGGGUAGCUGCUGCAUUUGGAAAUGCGGAGCUUUCGAGGUUGCUGCUAGGAAAAGACAUGAUCGAUGUCAACCAGAGAGACCAACACAAUUGGACUCCGCUCACCAUAGCUUCAGAACUCGGGCAUGUAGCUGUCGUCAAGUUGUUGAUUGAACGUGGCGAUAUCGAAGUCGACGUUGCAUGUACCUCUGGCUGGACACCCCUAGGGGUUGCUGUCGGCAACCAGCACUCUGAAAUUGCGAGAUUAUUACUGGAGACCAAUCGAGUCGAACUCAACGGUGAAAUUACAGGGCCACCGCUGUGGACCGCUGUCCGUAACAAUGAUCUACCAAUGGUGGAGCUUCUUCUCGCGACGGAAGGCGUAAAUCCAAAUGGCAUUAGUAAUGUCCUCAGGAUCCAUCCAUUAUCGGAGGCUAUUUCGCAAGGAAAUGUUGAUAUCGUGGAAAGACUAUUGCGGAUCGAGGACGUCAAUGUGAACUACUUUGAUAUCGGAGGCUACACUCCACUGGAAUCUGUAAUGCUGCAGUUAUCUGGUGAUGUAAAGCAGCGUAUAGUCGAACUUCUGUCCACCAAAGGGGCCUGUCUUUCUCAGUGA